AGCAAAACCCCCACCUACCUCCCCUCGAGGUUGACCGCAUGCGUCAAGUGUCCCGAGUCCGCUUGCCGCGUGCGGCGCGCAUUCCAGGGCUUCACCCGCAUGUCCGUUGAGGUCCGCACGGGUGGCAACGUCAGGGGCCUGCGGCGCGCAGAUGUGAUCAUUCUGGGCUGCAAGCCACCGAUGUGCGCUGAUAUUGGACGAGGAGGGCAUGUACGAGGCAUAGGAGGGUAUCAUAAGCUGCUCGUUAGUAUUAUUUCUGAGGUUAAGAUUGCUUCGCUCAAGGAGGUGGUACCCGGUAGUACUAGGGUGGUUAUGGCUAUGCCAAAUACUGCUUUCAAGGUAUGAUUGUCACUUAUCACCUCUUUGAGGGGGGUUUUUUGUUUUCCAGGUGGGUCAGGGUGUCGGUGUUGAUCUAUUCACAAAAUCAUGACCGUGAUUUCGGCGGCGGACGAUAUUCCCUCGGCGGAGCAGGCUCUGGUUUCAUGGAUAUUUUCCCGGAUCGGCCGCUGGUUGCUGCUCGGUGAGGAGCACAUUCUGGCUUGGACCGACAUGUGCAGAUCCGGACCCACCUUCUACACUCUUAUCGUGGAAGCCAUGGCUGAUGGAGGGGCCAUGAUGGGAUUCUUAUUGUAGCCAUGCAAGUUGCCUGUAGAAUGGCUUUCGAUGGCCAGCAUCCGGCAAUUAUCCGGGAACAGGUUUCCACUCCAGCUGGCUGCGACAUCUAUGGCUUACUCAUCUUGGAAGACAGAAAGGUCCUGUCGACCAUUCCGAGGACGGUCCAGGAUGCUGCCAAUAUGGCUGCACGACUCGAUAAUAAG